AUGAUAUCCCAUCUGGGGGCCCUCAUUGCUGCUUAUGUGGGCAACCUGAAUGGUCAUUCCUCUAAUCAGGCUGAAGUGAUGGACUUAGCCUAUGGAAUCCACAUUGCCCUCUCCAUGGGAAUCAGAAUUAUGGACAUUGAGGGGGACUCCAUACUCAUCAUUAAUGUUGUCAAAGGGAAGAAUAAGCUUAAUUGGACAAUUGAGGGAACCAUCAGGGACACCAUGAGGCUCAUCUCUAGGCUUGACUCAUUCAGAGUUAUGCAUAUCUACAGGGAAAGCAACCGCGUGGUGAAUUCCAUGGCAACCAUUGACCUAAACCUCUCAGGGCUGAGAUGCUGGAGGAGUCACAAAUCAGUCCCAGACCAUAUCCCUUUGGAUGAGGUGGUGACUUGUUCGACCAGGAUGGAGAUGACACAGACGUUGUUGCUAGCAUUUCACUUGGGAUUGCAAAGCCAUGAUGAAGUACAAAUGGGUUGGAAACGUGUUGGUUGCCACCAGUAUCUGCUGGCUCUUAAUGCCUCAUAA